GUAUCGAACUGAACGGUCUUAAAAUACUCAGCGCGCUUAUCUUUGUGGACUCAAAGUUGGGAGUCUUAUUCUCGGAUGUUUCCGAGUGACUUGUUAGUUUCGUGAGCCGCGUAAACAAGUGACAAGAUGAUGCCGAAAUUAGGGGCGUUAGCCUUGGUUUUCAUGGCUGCGAUCUGCGGUUUCGCCACUGGUUCCGUGGUGGAAGUCCCCGGAGUAACCCAGGCCCCGCCCCCUCCGCCUCCGCCGCGUUACGCCCAAAUUAACCAGACGCGGUCGCGCAGGCCCAGUAACUUCCGAGUGCUCCCGGGACCACCAACAUUCCCCCCAAGCUGCGACUUCAAGGAGCUGAUGGCCAAUCUGCAAGACCGCGUCAGUGUCUUGGUGACCUUGGACCAGGACCAGCGCCACCGGCUGGAAGUCAUCGAUAAGAAACUGGACCAGCUGGUGGAGAGCAGUGCUGCCCGCAUGGAAUCGAUGAAGGCCCAGCAACUGGACUUCCAGCAGCGACUGGACAGCUUCGAGCACAUCCAGCGGCUCUCGAGGAGCACCCUGGACGAGCUUAAAGGUGAAACCGAUCAGGUUUUUGGCCCUCGCCGAGUUAGGCAGCUAAAGCACAAGCUAAACAACCGACACAAGAUGAAGGAUUUAUCGAGGAAUACCCGGGAUGUUCCGCAGGAUCAGGCAACUGGAUCCGAAGUGAGUGUUCCGAAUCGUCUAGAUGCCCUGGCCACCCUGCUGGUCUCCACUAACGUGAAAAUCAGGGCUCUCCAGAUUGAAGUGGGCAACCUCACGCGGACUCUCAGGCGACAGAGCCACUUGAUAAGAAGUAAAGGCUUCGAAUCGGGAAGGCCAGACUUCUUCCAAACACCAGGACCCCAUGGAAGCCCCGCCGGGCGCCCCUUGCCCACCAGCUGUGCGGAAGAGCCCUUAAUUUCACAGUUCCUCAGGAUCCAGCUCAAGCCCCAGUGGGAGCCCUUCUACGUGCAGUGCGCCGAGGAGUGGACGGUGGUGCUGAGCCGCAGCUCCGACGACGUGAGCUUCGAGCGGGGAUGGCUGGACUACCGCGACGGGUUCGGCAACCUGGCCGGCGACUUCUUCAUCGGGCUGAACAAGCUGCACGCCCUGACCUCCUCCUCGCUGCAGGAGCUGCGGAUCGUGCUGGAGGACUCCUCGGGCACCGAGUUCUACGCCGGCUACGCCCCCUUCGCCAUCGGCAGCGAGCCGGAGCUGUUCCCCCUCUCGCUGCUGGGCAGGUUCCAGGACGACCUGCAGCCCAACGCGGGUGACUCCCUGUUCUACCACGCCGGGGCCAAGUUCAGCACUCUGGACCAGGACAACGACAACUGCGUCGACUGCAGCUGCGCCACGAAGCACAAGGGCGCCGGCUGGUUCAACAACUGCGCCACCACCAACCUGUUCGGCAGGUACUUGGCCCCAAACGAGAAGGACGCCGGGGAGACCGGGAUGUGGUGGGAAACCCUGGGGGGGAGGAACAGCUCCCUCAAGAAGGUCCGCUGGAUGAUCAAGCCCGUAGGCGAGGGAUCCGAUUUCCUCAGGCGAUAGGAUGCAGCGCUCUGCUGUCGAAAGCCAACUGCCAUCUCCGAAAUCAGGGAAGUCCCACUACCGAAUACCGAUUGCUUGCAUUCUAACUAACUAAGCUUCAUGUGCGUGUGUGUAGUAUAUGUGGAAAUUACUUAAUACCUAGCGAUAAUAAAGUAAUCUUACGAAAAGCCA